AUGGCCACCCAUGUGCAGCUGAACACCUCUGCCAAGAUGCCCCUCGUGGGGCUGGGCACCUGGAAGUCUGCAGCUGGGCAGGUAAAGGCUGCAAUGACGGCUGCCAUCGAUGCCGGGUACCGCCACUUCGACUGUGCCUACGCCUACCUGAACGAGAAUGAGAUUGGGGAAGGGAUCCAGCAGAAAAUCAAGGAAGGAGUUGUGAAAAGAGAAGAUCUCUUCGUUGUCAGCAAGCUGUGGUGCACCUUCCAUGAGAAGCAUCUGGUGAAGGGAGCCUGCCAGAAGAGUCUUGCCAAGCUGAAGCUGGAUUACCUGGACCUCUACCUCAUGCACUGGCCCUUUGGCUACAAGGCUGGAGAGGAAUUGUUUCCCAAAGAUGACCAAGGCAUGGCCAUACCCAGCAACAGUGAUCUUCUACAGACGUGGGAGGCCAUGGAGGAGCUGGUGGACGCUGGCCUGGUAAAAGCCAUUGGAGUCUCCAACUUCAACCGUGAGCAGAUUGAAAGAAUCUUGAACAAGCCAGGACUGAAGCACAAACCUGCAAAUGUCCAGAUUGAAUCUCAUCCAUACCUCACCCAGGAGAAGCUGAUCAAGUACUGCCAGUCCAAAGGGCUGGCUGUGACUGCAUACUGUCCCCUUGGCUCUCCUGACAGACCAUGGGCUAAGCCUGAGGAUCCUUCCCUGCUGGAUGACCCCAAGAUCAAAGAGAUUGCAGCCAAGCACAACAAAACCCCAGCACAGGUUCUCCUUCGCUUCCAGAUCCAGAGGAAUGUGAUUGUGAUUCCCAAAUCUGUCACCCCACAGCGCAUUGUGGAGAACUUCCAGGUGUUUGACUUUGAACUGACUAAAGAGGAGAUGGCAACUAUUCUGUCCUUCAACAGAAACUGGAGGAUCUGUCAAAUGAAAGUGUCCAAAAAUCUCAAGGAAUACCCUUUCCAUGCGGAAUACUGAAGGUGUGGGAAAUAU